AUGGAGGAAGCAGGGAUCGUUGAACAAAGAGCGAGCCCCUGGGGUUCCGCGGUAACGCUGGUAGCCAAAGCCGAUGGUACACCCCGGUUCUGUGUAGACUACCGGACGACGGUCAACAAACACCUAAUCCGUAAAUCGUGGCCCAUGCCCGAAAUGGCUAGCCACAUUGACACCGUUGCAGGUGCUAAGUAUAUCACCGUCUGUGACGUUCAGAGCGCAUACCACCAGCUACCCAUCACCGAUAAAGCAGAGCAAGACAAAACUGCCUUUGUAACACGGAAUGGAAAAUGGGUCUUUAAACGCCUCCCCUUCGGAAUUGCCAAUGCACCAUUUUUAUUCCAACGCACUAUGGCUUUAGCUUUUGCUCACUUUGGACCGAAAUCGGGUCUCCUCGUGUACAUGGAUGACUUAAUCUGUUGUUCAUCAACGUGGGAAGGCCACUUAUCCUUGUUGGAAAACACUUUCAAGGCUUUGCAAACAGCAGGGCUCACCUUGAAACCUUCCAAAGUACAAUUCGGACCCAGAGAGGUGAAAUAUUUGGGACACAUCCUAUCUGCCGAUGGGAUACGCCUUGGUGAAGAUCGGAUCAAAUCAAUUCUAGAUUUGCCUACACCCACGAACAUCAAAGAACUACGUUCAGUGCUAGGUAUGGUGAACUAUGUCAGGAAAUUCAUACCUAACCUAGCCGCCAUCACCGCGCCCUUGGUUGAACUCACGAAAAAGGAAGCAGUCAAAUCGGUAGCGAAACGCUGGGGUCCAGAACAUGACAAGGCAUUUGCUGAAAUAAGGAGUUUACUCACGAAAGCACCUGUCUUGCAUUUCCCGGAUUUCUCCAAAGAGUUUGUGAUUCAUGUCGAUGCAUCUGAAACUGGAGCAGGAGCCUUCCUAGCCCAGAAGAAUGGUGACGAUCUGAACAUCAUUGCUUAUUUUAGCCAGCGAUUCAACAAGAGCCAACGACACUAUUCCGCAACCAUGAAGGAGUGUUACGCUGUAGUUUUGGCAAUCCAACAUUGGAGGCCAUACCUAUGGGGUCGGAACUUUACGUGCGUCACUGACCACGCAGCGCUAAGGUAUCUCUACACGAUGCAAGAUACGUCAAACAUGCUUACACGCUGGGCAAUUGCACUUCAAUCGUUCGACUUCAGCGUUCAGCAUAAACCAGGGAAGCUACAUGUAGUGCCCGACACGUUAUCGCGUCUUUUCCUUUUCGAGAAUGAACAAGCACACGACGUACCGCCUCUCGCUCCGAUUUGCCGCAACGUACCACAUGAUCCGAAGCUACACACGGCCAUGCCUAACAGAUCUUACCAAGUGUCCGCAGAUAAAUUAAACGACGUCCAACCUGUCCGCAGCGAUAGGGAGUUGUUCACUGUCAGCGCCACACAAGUAUUUCCAUCUGUUGACCAUGCCAAGCUACGCGAAAAACAACGCAAAGAAUACAAGGAGUAUAUAGACUACAUCCUUGACGAAAACGCAUCUCCUCCAGACAGAGAAACUGCGACGACGAUGUCAUACUACUCGAUACAGGAUGGAUUACUGUUUUAA